CUCUUGCGUCAAAGUGACGUAGACGCUUGUAAAGCUGAUGCUUGCUGGAAACUGAAAAAUGGAGCAGCUUGUAUCAAAAUCGUCUCCUUAUUUUUAUCCAUUGUCAGUAGGAAUUACUGUCUUAGUCCUGAUUCUUUCAAUUGUUUUUACGUACAAAAGGUUUUUGCAAAUCAAACAACGCCCACAGUCAAUGUCAGAGAAAAAGAAAUUAGAUGAGAAAACAACUCGGCAGAUUGGUGGAGAUGGAACCCUGUCUGGAGGCAUUGGAGGUGAUGGAGAUGCUCCUCUGAUUUCGUCAAACCUUCAGCCAGAAGGGGACCCCCUUACUUACUGUGAGCACAUACAGAGUGAAGUGAAAAAAGCCAAACAGAGGGCUACAGCGAAGAAAUUCAACAAAGACCUCACAGAGGAUCAGAUCGAGGAAGAGAGAGAGGUUCAGCGUAAACAACUCCAGUCAAUAUUCGAGUUGAUGCAAACUGACGGUGAAAAAUUUGGCAUCAACAGCCUUGAUGAUGUACAAAGUCAGAUGAAGCUUUACGCUUAGUCAUCCCCGUGUCAGCUUCACCCAGGCCAUAUUUUUCUUUGUAAUUUUAUAUACUGCAAAUAAUUAUGUUUGUUGCAAUAUCAUUAUAAUAUGACAAUCUACAUCCAUUAUUUUGAAAAAAAACUUUUAUACAACCAGCAACAGUAACUGGUCACUAUGAUUCGAUUUCGAACAAAUCUUAAUAAUUUGAAAUAAAGUAAUCCCUUUUUGAGUAAAUGAUAAAUUUUUAAUUUUAUGCCCCCAAAUUUAAGAUCAAGAUUAUAUUUUUUUGGUCUGUCUGUCACUUUCUAAUCUUGAUCAUAACUCAAGAUUCAUACAAGUUAGAGACAGCGUACAUAAUCAGCUGAAAGGUCAGUCAUAUCAACUGCUAAAGGUCAAGGUCAUUAAUCAAGGUAAUCAGAUUCGACACAGUUGAACAUGGCAAGACUCGGGGACAUUGUGUUUUGCAAACACUUCAUGUCAUAGGUAUGACUAGAGGCAAUAAUUGAUUUUACACAUGUUGAUAUGACAGAUACCACAUGAAUUUAAAGCUAUAUAUGCUGUAUUAAUUGGACAGUAUCGAAGGAAUAAAAAGCAUGUGUUUUAAAAAAGCUAUAUAAGUUUUACACUUUAUGCGAAUUAUGCAACAUUUAACUUGAUUGAAUUAAAAUGUAAUCAAGCUAAUUUCCUAUUUAUUUAUUUUUCGAAACACAAUGAAUGCCCCAUUUUGAAAUAUUCAUUUUCAUGUGAUGUCGCAAGUUAAAUGUAGAAAGUAAACAUGCAUUGCGGUGCAAAUGCGCAGCUUGCAGACUGUUAGCUGUCUGCAUUAAAAGACAGUCGAUUGGGAAAUAGGGUAGAGAAAACCACUUUGAGCAAUGGAAAGGGAGUUAAAUUCCAUGUUUAACAGAAAAUCAUUUUAAUAUGACUACAUGAUAGAAACAAAAUCCUCUUCUCCCUUGAGGUUUGAAAUAAUAGUUUUCCCAAGCACGUCCACCAUAAACGUCAUGCCUUCAUAAAUCAAAUAUGCAUUAGAAAAUCACAAUUUUCCCCUUGCAUUGAAUAGAUCCACUAAUACCAAUAUAAAAUUUGUUGAAAUUGUCAGAUAUUAUUUUUCUUUGUUUAUCAUACUGACAAAAUUUUGGUUUGGUUUCCAACAUCGAAAAGAUACUGUUUUUAAAAUACAGCACAUAUGACUUUAAUGAAGCUUGAACAAAAUAACAUGAUCUUUGGGUGUAUUUUGUCAGUAGAGUCUGUCUCAGUGUAGUCAUAUGAAUGGAAGAAAGAUCUGUCUGUUUAUAUCAAGAAAUGUUAUGCCCUUGCAUUUCUCUAACAUUCCAUCCUUUGUUAUUGCUUGUUUCCAUAAUCUGUGGAAAGAUUGGCAUUCAGAAUUAUAAUGUAGAUAGUUGUUGUGAACAUUUUUUAUGUUGUUCUCUAGUGUUGUACCAGUAACUUUGAUCAGUGAUCUUAUUAGAGUGUACUUUUCUAAAUUCAUUAUGGAAAAUGUUAUUAAAUUGAUAUGAUAAAGGCUUUUCCAGAUUUGAAAGGAUUUUCAUUACCGUUGUCGUAUUGAUUUACAAUCUGCACCUAUUGAUUAAAGAUACUAAGAAAGACAUACUGUGCAAUAUUGAAGAUGCAGUCUCCUACUCUGUGUAGUAGAAUCUUUUGAAUGAUAUUGAGUUUCGUAUGUAAGUUCAUGUACAAGAUACGUUAAGGAGGAAUAACACAACAUCAUAAUGGCUGACUGUCUUUCAAAUUACAAAUGGAAAAUCAAAUGUCAGCAAUAUAGUCCUUGUCCAUUUAAAUUCUCUGAACUAGCCAGAUAACCCAGUGGGUUUGAGUCUAACAAGGUUUAAACUAAUACUGCAUGUUUUUUUUUUGUUUUUUUUGUUGUUUUUUUUCUAAAUAAGGUAAAUAUAAAAAUUUUCAGUUUCAAAAUAUUAUACAUAAUCUCCACCUCCAUAUCAUAAGUUUUCUCUGGUGUGUCAUUCCUCCUUAAUAUCGUUAUGUACAUCUUUAGGUGUAAUACUGAGUAACAAAACGAUAUCAAAGAAGUUGUGAAUUUUUGUAAAACAUGAAAAAAAAUAAUGUGAAAUCGGUAUAUAUUUUGUGAUGGAUCAAUUAUUGUGCACCUGAUUGAUUCUUUUUUCAAUGAAUUUGUAAGUGUAAGAAUUUUUCCACUGUUUUGCAAACCAAUAACUGUAAAGUACAGAUGUAAUCACAUCUGAUGUCGCAGAACAGAAUUUAUUUUUGGCAAAUCAUGCACAUGUUGAGUCCUUGCAAAUGCAAUAUAUGUUAUACUAGGCUGCAUUAUCAGUAAAUUGGGUAAUUAUACAAAUUAUUUGAAAAAAUACGUUUUUCCGUCCUGUUUGUGUUACACUAAACUCAAUCUGAUGUUCUGUUUUUAUUGUGUUAGCAGUGUUACUUUAUUAAACUUUUUAUUGUUUUGAUUAGAA